AAUUUAUAUAAAUCAGAUUUGGAAAACUGAUCUAAGAAACAUGAAGGCUACUAAUAUAGCAAAACCCUCAAAAAUGCUUACACAAAAAAUUAUAAAUUCCAAUGAAUCCUUGGACAAAACAGAGAAAAUUAAGCUGAAACCAUCAGUUAUGGAUGAUAAGGCGUCCUGUAAAGAACUGGAUCAGUGGAUAGAACAGUUAAAUGACUGCAAGCAGCUAACAGAAAAUCAAGUCAAAACACUAUGUGAUAAGGCAAAAGAAAUAUUAUCAAAGGAGUCUAAUGUACAAGAAGUAAAAUGCCCGGUGACGGUGUGUGGAGACGUCCAUGGGCAGUUCCAUGAUUUAAUGGAACUAUUUAGGAUAGGUGGGCGAAGUCCGGAUACCAACUACUUGUUUAUGGGGGAUUAUGUUGAUCGUGGAUAUUACUCUGUCGAAACAGUGACUUUGUUAGUAGCCCUCAAAGUGAGAUAUAAAGAGAGAAUCACAAUUUUGAGAGGCAACCACGAAUCUCGACAAAUUACUCAAGUGUAUGGCUUUUAUGAUGAAUGCUUAAGAAAAUAUGGAAAUGCUAAUGUUUGGAAGUUCUUCACUGAUUUGUUUGAUUAUUUACCCCUGACUGCACUUGUUGACAGCCAGAUUUUCUGUCUACAUGGUGGUUUGAGUCCUAGCAUCGAUACUUUGGAUCACAUUAGAGCCCUAGACCGUUUACAAGAGGUUCCCCAUGAAGGCCCUAUGUGUGAUCUGCUAUGGUCUGAUCCUGAUGAUCGUGGAGGUUGGGGCAUUUCCCCAAGAGGCGCUGGUUACACUUUUGGACAGGACAUUUCUGAAACCUUCAAUCAUAGCAAUGGUCUCACCCUUGUUUCUCGAGCACAUCAGUUGGUCAUGGAGGGUUACAAUUGGUGUCACGAUAGGAACGUCGUAACUAUAUUCAGUGCCCCGAACUAUUGUUACAGAUGCGGCAACCAGGCCGCUAUUAUGGAGUUAGAUGAUGCCCUCAAGUAUUCUUUCUUGCAGUUUGAUCCAGCACCACGACGUGGCGAACCUCAUGUAACUCGCCGAACACCAGAUUAUUUCCUAUAAACAUUCUUCAUAAAAACUUUUUGUCAACUGCAAUAUCAUACAAAAAACAAGCUUAGAUAUAAAAUGAAUAUUGUAUUUGUUAACAACUAUAGUCUACAAGUAAAAGGCUCAGUCUGCCCUCAAAAAUUUUUUUUAUCUUCGUUUUGAAAAUUAUGACGUGGCAAGAUUGAAAUUAUUGUUUAUUAGGUUAAAUGUUGUAGACUAAUAUAUAUAUAGAAAUGUACCUUAUUGAAGUUUUGGUGAAUUUCAAGAUGAACACACUUUUUUUUUCUAUCCCUUAAUUUUCUGUUGGAUAUCUUUGAGAUCGGUACAGAUUAAAGGGUUUGCGAGAUGCGACCAAAGGAUCCGUGUUACAUUUUACUGUAGGUAUUUCGUGCAUGAACCUAGUAUAUACUCAAUUGAUGCUUAAAUAAUGAUGUGGAAAGGCAUUUUUUAAUAAAUUUUGUGUCUUUGGAAAAUUUAUGUGUAGCACAUAUUUGAAAGGUAUUUUCAAUAGUGAAAAAAAAUAGCUAUGGGCUGUAGGUAAUCUUAAUAUUCGUUUUAUAAUCACGCAGCCUUUGGCAAACAUAUGAAGAUAUCAAUUUUGAUUUCAAAUGUUCCAAACCUUUCAUGCAUUUCUGCGUUAGUUUGUGCUGCGUCUCUCAAUAUUGUCAGCAGCAAUUUAAUGUCACUUUCAUUCACAUCAUAUAUGAAAUUAUUUGGAAAUUGUGAUAAACUCAAAGUUGAUAUUAAGUCAUCCGUACUUUCGAGAAUAAAUUAUUCUCUAUGUAAAUAUCGGAAUGAGUCCCGUGGAAAUGAAGUGGAAUCAUACAUAUUUAAAAACGUUUUUCACUUUUGAAAAUACCUAAUUUUUUUUGUAAAAAAUAUGGGAGACAUAAAAAUCGCAGAUCUUUGGAAAAAAUUGAGCAGUUAUCGUCAUCAAGAAGCUUACUUUGAAAUUGUCUGAAGUUUGCUGUGUAAAUAUAUAUUUUUUCCAGAGAAUCUUGAUGAAAUCAAAGUCGUAAUUUUCGAAAAGUUUCGUGUUGCCAUUAUUUAUGACUCCGUGUCCUUAACAUUUUGUGGUUCUUGUACAAUUAGUAAGAUACCUUAACAUGCAAGAAAAAUUGUGUAUGUUCUAUAUGUUUUUAUAUUGUUUUUUUUCCAUAGAAAUCCGCUGCUGUCUGGGAUGUUUAUAUUCGAGUGUUGAAUUAUCUACACAUUUUUUUAUAAUAGUUGGAAAUCAAACCAGUUUUUUUUUUGAUGUUCGAAAUAUCAAAACUGGUUUUUCUGAUGUUUGAAAUAUUAUUAAUAAUUACAUAGAAUGAAGAUACCUCAACACUUGAAGCCACGUCUUCGACAUGCAAUCUCGUUUAUUUACUUCUGAAUUUUUUUAAAGACUGUUCAUUUGGUCCUUCAGUAAAUAAAAUUAUUUCUAAUA